AAAGACAAAAAGAAAGACCUGAAAAAAAAUUCAUUCAUAUAUAUAAACCAAAACCCAAAAACGAGUUUCACUUUCUCUCAGUCUCAUUUUCAAAACUUUUUUCUGUUAAAAUUCUCAACAUCCAUAGCUCUCUCUCUCUGAGAAGAAGAAGAAGAAGUUAAGGGCAUUUUGGUAAUUUUGAUUAUUUUCUUCAUUCAUUCAUUCAUGUUCUUCAACUACAAGAGCAACAGUCCCGGCGGCGGCGGCUGUGACGGCGGCGGCUGGGUCCGGAUAAUGGCUAUGGUGGCUCCGACGAACGCGGCGGUAGUUUUCACGGCUCUCGCCGGAGUCGCCUUGGUCGCCGCCGUAGUUUUCACUGCUCGUAGGUAAAUUAAAAAUUAAAUGCUUUACUUCCUACUUUUUUUCGUUGUUGUGUUUGACUGAGAAAGAUACUGUACUGUAGCUGUUUGAAACCCUAGAAAAUAGUUCUGAGAAAAAAAGUGUGUGAGUGUGUGUGUGUGUGUGUGUGUGUGUGAGUGUGUGAGAGAGAGAGAGAGUAGAAAUAGAUGAAAGCUCUAAGACGAAGUCACACUUCGUCGUCGUCAUCGUCGUCGUCGAAUUCCUCUCCUUCUUCGUCGUCGUCGUCGUGGAUUCAUUUGCGUUCGGUUCUAUUCGUUGUUGCUUCUUCCUCACCAGCUUCUUGUUCUUCUUCUGAUCGGGGUCGUCUUAAGUCACCAUGGUCACGCAGGAAAAGAAAACAUGCCCUUUCACGUCAGCAAUGGACAAGUUUGUUUACACCAGAUGGGAAGCUCCGUGAUGGUGGAGUUAAGUUUUUGAAGAAAGUUCGCAGUGGAGGUGUCGAUCCAAGUAUUAGGGCAGAAGUUUGGCCUUUCCUUCUUGGAGUUUAUGAUUUGAACAGUUCAAAAGAGGAAAGGGAUAAUAUAAGAACCCAGAAAAGAAAGGAGUAUGAGAAACUUCGCAGACAAUGUCGGAGACUCCUAAAACGUAGCAAAGAUGACUUUAAAUUGAAUGAAAUUGGUAGAAUAAGCUGUGAUGGGUACAGUGGGAGUCUUGCACAUUACACAGAUUCUCCGAGCUCUGAAGAUGUGGUUAGCGCCAGGGAGUCCCUUUCUAGUGAGGAAAGGAGUCCAAAUGUUGAAUACUCUGACAAUCCCUCUAGUGCAAUGUUGGAAGGGGACGAAAAUGCAGGACGAAUCACAAAUGCUGAUGCUUCUACACUAGACGGCGAGUCAUCAGACUCAGACUCAUCUGAAAACCCUGAAGUUAGUCAGACUUUCCCCUCUACAGAAGAGAAUGAUCCUGACAUGAAUUGCAAAGAGGAUUCUUCUCCCUCACGGACAGAAGUCUCUUCAAAACUCCACAAAGAUGAAGAUUUUUCCUCAUGGCAGCGGAUCAUCCGCCUGGAUGCUGUACGUGCCAAUACAGAAUGGAUACCAUACUCCCCAUCACAAGCUGCGGUUUCAGAGGUUAGGGCACGGCGUUCAGCUGAGGCUGUGGGACUGAAGGAUUAUGAUCACUUAGAGCCCUGCAGGAUCUUCCAUGCUGCCCGACUAGUUGCUAUUCUCGAAGCUUAUGCGCUAUAUGACCCUGAAAUUGGCUACUGCCAGGGCAUGAGCGAUCUUCUUUCCCCAAUAAUUGCCGUAAUCACAGAGGAUCAUGAGGCAUUCUGGUGUUUUGUGGGUUUCAUGAGGAAGGCUCGGCAUAAUUUUAGGCUUGAUGAGGUGGGAAUCCGAAGGCAACUUAACCUUGUUUCAAAGAUUAUCAAGUGCAAGGACUCUCACCUUUACAGACACCUGGAGAAGCUCCAGGCUGAGGAUUGCUUUUUUGUUUAUAGGAUGGUGGUGGUACUGUUUAGGAGGGAAUUAACAUUUGAACAGACCAUAUGCCUCUGGGAGGUAAUGUGGGCAGACCAGGCAGCCAUUAGAGCUGGCAUUGGCAAGUCUGCAUGGGGUCGGAUAAGGCAGCGAGCCCCACCCACAGAUGAGUUGUUACUUUAUGCAAUUGCAGCUUCUGUAUUGCAAAAGAGGAAACUGAUCAUUGAGAAGUAUAGCAGCAUGGACGAGAUUAUAAGGGAGUGUAAUAGCAUGGCUGGGCAACUUGAUAUGUGGAAGCUCCUUGAUGAUGCGCAUGCCUUGGUGGUGACUCUCCAUGAUAAGAUAGAGACAUCUUUCUGAUGGCAGUGCAAUUUUUGUGCUAAUGUUUUAGGCCACAGUUCUUUCUAGGGGUCGUGGCUCUUUGGCAGCAUCUUCAAGUCUUUUUAGGACUGCAAAAACAAUAACCUGAGGUUCUAUCUGAAUGGAGUGUGGAAUUUAUGGUGUUCAUUUUGCUACCGCUUACUUUCAAGACACAGUCAAGUGAGGGUGGCAAACAUUUAAGAGAUGCCUUAUUUAACUCAGCCAAAAAAAGAAAAAAAAAAUGCCUUAUUUAGAUUUAUUACUUUGUAUGCACCCUUAUUCUCUACCAGAAAUCUUCCAAGGGAAGAAAAAGCUGCACAGGCUAGCAAGAGCCUGUUUUAGCAAUCAGAAUACCAUUUCGGAUGAGGACUAGUGAGAGUUUGGUAAUAAGAUCCCAUUGAUAUUGUUAUUUUAA